GACGGUCACACUUCUAUGACUCAUCCAAUACUUUGUCAUCUUUGUCCCAUCAUGCAAGUAGAUAAACACUGAAUCACCGAAUCGUAUUAUUUCUUUUACAGGGGAAACAAUAAACCAAAUUUACAGGAGAAACAAGAAAAGCCAAAUCGUUAAAAAAAAGAAACAAAAAAGGCUUGGAGAGAUGGAAGAUCAAGAACUGCAGAAGAAUUCACGUGUUGUUAAAGUCGACUCUGAAGAAUCAUGGAACUUUUAUGUGAGCCAAGCCAAGAAUCAGGGUUGUCCUAUUGUGGCUCAUUUCACAGCAUUAUGGUGUGUUCCUUCUGUGUUUAUGAACUCGUUCUUCGAAGAUCUUGCGUCGAUCUAUAAGGAUGCUCUGUUUGUCAUAGUUGAUGUUGAUGAAGUCAAGGAAUUAGCGAGACGGUUAGAGGUGAAGGCGAUGCCGACUUUCCUGUUCUUGAAGGAUGGUAAUACGAUGGACAAACUUGUAGGCGCAAACCCUGAUGAGAUCAAGAAAAGGGUCGAAGGUUUCGUUCAGUCCUCUCGCGUUGUUCAUGUUACUUAGAAAAAUUUAGUGAUCCAUGGUAAGAGUGCUCAAUCCCAAUAAGGUUUGUGUAAAAGUGUAUUUUAGUUUGCGACUUUGGAAUAUGGUUUGUGUGAAAUUGCGAGUGUAAGUAAGUGUAAAUUUGUUUCUAAACUUUUGCUUCGACUAUGGAGCUUUAAGGAACUGGAGGUAUAUAUGUUUUAUAUUAAAAAAAUGGCUAAAUUAUU